AUGGACCAUUGGAAAGCUGUAAAGAAGGUGUUGAGGUUGAGGUACCUUGAAGGAACAAAAGAUUAUAUGCUUAUGUAUAGGCAAACAGACAAUCUAGAUGUGAUCGGUUAUUCAGAUUCUGACUUUGCUGGUUGUGUUGAUUCUCGCAAAUCAACAUCAGAAUACAUUUUUAUGAUGGCCAGUGGAGCUAUUUCAUGGAGAAGUACUAAACAAACUUUGAUUGCUACUUCUACUAUGGAAGCUGAGUUUGUCUCCUGUUUUGUGGCAACUUAUCACUGUGUAUGGCUUAAGAGUUUUACUUUUGGGCUUAGAAUCAUGGAUUCUAUCUCUAGGCAUUUGAAAAUUUUCUACAAUAAUUCAGCUACUUCUUUUAUGGCUAAGAACAACAAAAGUGGAAGUCGAAGUAAACACAUCGACAUUGAUUAG